CUCUCAUACUUACACCUCUUCAUCAUCACAUCUUCUCACAACAGCAGGACAGCAUCAAAACUUCCGAAGACUGCAACGCAACGUAGAUUAAAAGAAAAGUAAAACAAGAAAACCUUUGUGCUUAGAUUUCUUAAUUAAGAGGAAAUCUUUCAAGUUAGUUCUACUUGCGAUUUUUCAAUGGCUGCAGCAGUUUGUGCAACUGGGUUUAAAGGGGGUUUAUCAUCUUCUUUUCAUGGAAGUUGGGGAAAAUCAGUGGGUGGGGAAGAUUUUCCCAUGCUAGCCAAGACUGUUCCUAGCCAUGUUCGAGUGGGGAAGCCGGUCAGAUUACAGCCGAUGAUGGGAAAUGUUAAUGAAGGAAAGGGACUGUUUGCUCCUCUUGUUAUUGUUGCACGUAACAUAAUUGGCAAAAAGCGAUUCAAUCAGUUCAGGGGAAAGGCCAUUUCUUUACACUCACAGGUAAUAAAUGAAUUCUGCAAACAAAUAGGAGCAGAUUCAAAACAAAGGCAAGGGCUGAUUCGAUUAGCCAAGAAGAAUGGAGAAAAACUUGGAUUCCUUGCUUGAUAUGGUACAUUCUCCUCACCACCAUGGACACAGGAUUUUCAAUGUUUGAGAGAUUGUGUAAACUGCCACUGCAAUAUCUGAUGCUCUUCUGAUACCCACAACAUAAUUCACAUUGUCAUCUCAGGAAUAGUAGCAUCGUUUUUAGUUCUUUCGCACAUUAUAGCACACAUCCACUCUGUUCCGGUUCUCAUCCAGCAGCUUUAUAGUGCACAUCUUCACAGAGGCUCCAUGGUUAACCACAAAGUGUACGCAUGCAUAUUGGUUGCUUAGAUUGCAUUUUCUGAAGUGUUUUUGAUAAAGAAAUUACUGUAACACUUUUAGUAUGUAAAAUGAAAAAAUGAUCGAUAAAUGU